AUGGGCAGCAUAGAGACCCCAGCCUUUGACGAUCUCAACAGAGACCUGGAGUGCGAUGUUCUCAUCAUCGGCGCAGGCCUCUCCGGCAUAUAUUCCAUCUACCAGAUGCGCCAGCUAGGCCUUCGCGCCAAAGUCCUUGAAGCUGGUGGAGAUGUCGGUGGCACCUGGUAUUGGAAUCGAUAUCCCGGCGCUCGAUUCGAUUCGGAGAGCUACUCGUAUGGCUUUUCGUUCUCGCAGGAGAUCCUAGAAGAGUGGGACUGGUCGGAGCAUUUCGCCGCACAGCCAGAGACCCUGCGAUAUUGUGAAUUCGUCUGCGACAAGUUUGACCUUCGCAAAGACAUGCAGUUUAAUACGCAAAUCACCGCGGCGCACUUUCAAGAAGACAGUCGAUCCUGGUUGCUGACUGAUGAAGCGGGAAAGACAUAUACCAGCCGAUUCUUGGUCACGGCGAUGGGCAUUCUCAAUAACUUCACCCUGCCGAAUAUUCCCGGAGUACGCGACUUCCGAGGCCCUGCCUAUCAUACCGCACGAUGGCCACAUGAGUCUAUUGACUUCCGAGGGAAGCGUGUUGCUGUCAUCGGCACCGGCGCGACUGGCAUUCAGGCAAUUCAAGAAAUCGCGAAAACAGUCGGCCAUCUUACCGUGUUCCAGCGAACUCCGAACUGGAGUGCGCCUCUAAAUAACAGCAGAAUAUCAUCCGAAGAAAUGGCACAAAUCCGUACGAAGUAUCCCGAGAUAUUCCAGAAAUGCAGGGAAUCGUAUUCUGGCUUUAUACACGUGAGCGACAAGCGACGUACGCUGGAUGUUGACCCCGAAACCCGAGAGGCACUCUGGAAUGACCUUUACGAGACACGAGGAUUUGGGAAAUGGCUCGGCAACUUUGGCGAUAUCAACACGAAUCGCAAGGCCAAUGCGCUAUUCAGCGAGUUCAUGGCGAACAAAAUUCGACAGCGUGUGCAUGAUCCAAAGACGGCCGAACUGCUGAUCCCCAAAUGCCACGGAUUUGGCACGAAGCGAGUCCCUCUGGAAAGUGGCUACUUUGAGGUAUACAACCAGCCAAAUGUGCGGCUCGUCGAUUCCAAAACCAAUCCUAUUCAACGGAUCACCGCGGAGGGCAUCCAGACGCAAGACGAGGACUUCACAUUCGAUAUGAUUAUCUACGCUACCGGCUUCGACGCUGUCACAGGCUCGUUCACAGCCAUUGACUUCCAAGGGCGCAAUCAAGUCAAACUGGCCGAUCAGUGGCGCGACGGGCCCCGGACUUUCUUAGGAAUGUUUGCAGAGCACUUCCCCAAUAUGAUGAUGGUGAUGGGUCCUCAUCAAAUGUUCGGCAAUUUCCCGCGCAGCAUUGAGUAUUCGUCGAGGUGGGUGGCAAGCUUCAUUCGCUAUGCUCGCGAUAACCGGAUUACCUGCGCCGAGUGUACCCACGAGGGUGUUGCAGCGUGGACUGAGCAUGUUCAUGAAUGUGCCGAGGGAUUGUUGUCUAAUGAGGUGGAUUCCUGGAUGAGUGGUGUGAAUAAGAAUUUGGCUCAUAAGCAGAAGCGUAUUGUGGCCCGCUACAAUGGGCCUGCUCCGGGGUAUAGGAAGAGGGCUGAUGCUGUAGCUGCGAGGGAGUAUCAAGACUUGGUUUUGUCAUAG